GUGUAGGCGAAAGUGUGUGAUCACAGUCACAUGCGAUCAUGUGCCGGCGCUUCCUCCCCAAUCUUUUUUGUCUUGUAUUCCUUAUUCCGUCGGUUCUCUAAAUCCGAAGCAACCAACUUUGCAUAGUCUCAAUAUUCUGCACUCUCUGCCGUUUCACUGUCACUCCCUACAAAGCUAACAACAGAUCACCAACUGCCUUCUCUCUCUCUUUUCUCCUCAUUCUCGCUCCCAGGAGCCCCAGGCACGUGCAUGUCACGUGCAUGUCACGUGCGUGCGUCUCUCUCCUUCUCCCAUUCGCCGGUCAUAAAUGCGGCGGCGCCCCGCCGAGUUUCGCCGCCCGGUGCGGCGCCGGUGGUUCUCUCAUUGGAUCUGCUUGCUUCUCGCCGCUUUCUCUCUCGCGGCUUUGGUUCUCUUCCUCGUGCAACACAAUCACCGUGAAGAUCGCCUCCAACACCCUCUUAUGGAGAGAAAUGCUAAAGUUGAACAUUUUCCUAAGAAAUUGAAUUUUACUGAAGAAGUUUUAAGUGCAACAUCCUUUUCACGGCAAUUAUCAGAGCAAAUGAUUCUGGCCAAGGCUUAUGUGAUUAUUGCCAAAGAGCACAAUAAUCUUCACCUAGCCUGGGAGCUUAGUUCAAAGAUUAGAAGUUGCCAGCUUUUGCUUUCAAAAGCUGCCAUGACUGGUGAGCCUGUGACCAUGGAGGAGGCUGAGCCAAUCAUUAAAAGCAUGUCUUCUCUAAUUUUCAAGGCACAAGAUGUCCAUUAUGACAUUGCAACCACUAUAGCAACAAUGAAAUCACAUAUUCAAGCACUUGAAGAGCGUGCGAAUGCAGCAACAAUUCAAAGCACUGUGUUUGCUCAAAUAUCAGCUGAAGCAUUACCCAAAAGUCUUCAUUGCUUAAAUGUGAAACUUAUGGCUGAUUGGCUAAAGAUGCCAUCACUGCAAGAACUCUCACGUGUGAGGAGAAACUCCCCCCGGCUCACAGAUAACAAUCUAUAUCAUUUCUGCAUUUUUUCAGAUAAUGUCAUGGCUACAUCUGUAGUUGUUAACUCUACAGUCAUCAAUGCUGACCAUCCAAAACAGUUAGUCUUUCACAUUGUUACUAAUGGUAUCAAUUAUGGAGCAAUGCAAGCAUGGUUCCUCAGUAAUGACUUUAAAGGGGUUACCAUAGAGGUGCAGAGUAUUGAGGAUUUUCAUUGGUUGAAUGAAUCUUAUUCUCCAAUUGUCAAACAGCUACACAGUCCAGAAUCACGGCCCCUUUAUUUUGGACCUUAUCAAGGUGUAAAUUUUGAGCCAAAGUUGCAGAACCCCAAGUCUUUGUCUUUACUAAAUCAUCUUCGGUUUUACAUCCCUGAGAUUUAUCCACUGCUUGAGAAGGUUGUUUUCGUUGAUGAUGAUGUUGUUGUCCAGAAGGACCUAACCCCACUUUUCUCACUGGAUUUGCAUGGAAAUGUGAAUGGUGCUGUUGAAACUUGUCUAGAAGCAUUUCAUAGGUACUACAAGUAUCUCAACUUCUCAAAUUCAAUUAUAAGCUCAAAGUUUGAUCCACAGGCAUGUGGAUGGGCACUUGGUAUGAAUGUUUUUGACUUGGUUGCAUGGAGGAAAGCAAAUGUGACUGCAAGGUAUCAUUAUUGGCAGGAGCAGAAUGCUGAUGGGACACUCUGGAAGCUUGGUACACUUCCCCCUGCCCUUCUAAGUUUUUAUGGUUUGACAGAACCACUAGACAGAAGAUGGCAUGUUUUAGGAUUGGGUUAUGACCUAAAUAUUGACAACCGCCUGAUUGAAAGUGCAGCAGUUAUUCACUUUAAUGGGAACAUGAAACCGUGGCUCAAGUUAGCUAUAGGCAGGUAUAAGCCAUUAUGGAACAAGUUCAUAAAUCAAAGUCACCCUCAUCUUCAAGAUUGUGCCACAGGUUAAAAUGCACUACUUCUCAAUUGCUUAUGGAUUACGCAAUUUCAGAUUAUUUUGAUCCCUUGAUCUGUGAUUGCAGUAGCCAUUAUUGUAGAGUCAAAAGUAGAAAGUUUUGACUUUGCUAGGAACUUUCUUUUGUUUUUUUUUUGUUUUUUUUUUCCUUUUAUUUUUCAGUGUCUUGAAAUAGAAGAGAAUGAUUAUUAUACACUAAAAAAGUUUAAACGCGUUAGGUGAAGAGGUGGGAGAAUUCAUUCUUGGCUUUUUGGGCUAUCUUUUCUUCUUCUCCAAGUUGUAGAUUUAUUUGUUAUUUCAAAUAGUGAUGUAAUUCAAUGGAAACAUUUUUUUCC